UAUUUGCUGUUGUUUCCGUUUUGUAAAUCGAAGGAUCCUUUCGUCAUCGUCAAUUGGAGCGGCUUUCAUAUUUAGUUCAACGUCUUCUAUAUUUGAAGCAAUGGCAUCGUUACUGAAAUCGUCGUUCGGGAUGCGUAUGUACAACCGCUGGCAGCCGCUGCUGUUUCGCCGCACCAAAGUUACGGAUACCGCCAAAUUUCGGACCGCUCUGCUCAACACACCACCAACACAAGUUACGCAACUGAAGAGUGGACUCCGUGUUGGAAGUGAAGACUCGGGUUCGCAAACUGCCACCGUUGGUGUGUGGAUAAAUGCUGGUUCACGCUUCGAAAAUAACAAUAACAACGGAGUGGCCCAUUUUCUGGAGCAUAUGGCGUUCAAGGGCACAGCUAAACGUGCGCAGGACGAUCUCGAGAUAGAGGUGGAAGAUAUGGGCGCUCACCUGAAUGCGUACACAUCCCGUGAGCAGACCGUGUUCUACGCCAAGUGUUUAUCGCAGGAUCUACCGAAAGCUGUGGAAUUGUUGGCCGAUAUCGUCCAAAACCCAAAACUGGGCGAAGCAGAGAUUGAACGAGAAAGAGGCGUUAUCCUGCGAGAGAUGCAAGAGAUCGAAAGUAAUCUGCAGGAAGUGGUGUUUGACCAUUUGCAUGCCACUGCGUACCAGGGAACGCCGCUGGGUAAUACUAUCCUUGGACCAACCAAAAACAUUCAGUCGCUAGGAAAGCCAGACCUUCAACAGUAUAUUGAAGAGCAUUAUAAAGCACCCCGUAUUGUGUUGGCAGCGGCCGGUGGUGUAUCCCACAACGACUUGGUAAAGUUGGCGGAGCAGAACUUUAGCCGCAUGAACUCGUCAGUGGAUAUUAGCGCAGAGGCAUUGGCACCCUGUCGCUUUACUGGAUCGGAAGUGCGUGUGCGCGAUGAUUCACUGCCGCUUGCGCAUGUUGCAAUCGCAGUCGAGGGCUGUGGAUGUACGGAUCAGGAUAACGUUCCUCUGCUGGUAGCCAACACAUUCAUCGGUGCGUGGGAUCGCUCGCAGAGUGGAAGUGCGAAUAAUGCUUCUAAAUUGAGUGUUGCUUCGGCUGUUGAUGGACUCUGCCAUAGCUUUCAGUCGUUUAACACCUGCUACAAGGACACCGGCCUGUGGGGCAUCUAUUUUGUGUGUGAUCCGCUUAGCUGUGAGGAUAUGCUGUUCAAUGUGCAGAAGGAAUGGAUGCGACUCUGCACUAUUAUAACAGAGGAUGAAGUCGAUCGCGCCAAGAACUUGUUGAAGACCAGCAUGUUGCUGCAUUUGGAUGGCACUACCCCGAUCUGUGAGGACAUUGGGCGCCAAAUGUUAUGCUACAACCGUCGCAUUCCACUACACGAAAUGGAACAACGAAUCGAUAGUGUUACUGCCCAAAAUGUGCGCGAUGUUGGAAUGAAGUACAUAUACGAUCGUUGUCCAGCAGUAGCAGCCGUCGGACCGGUCGAGAACCUGCCCGACUACAUGCGCAUUCGUGCGUCUAUGACGUGGACAAGGCUGUAAAAUCAUGACGGAGCGCAGAACUUACAGAAGCAGUACUUGUAACAUGACUUAAUUGGCAUUAAUAAACAGAUAGACAAGGUAUGCUGAAUAUUUAUUUGAAUGUUUCUAAUAUAAUUUUCUGAUUGACUAGUGUCAUAGAUUCUACUUAGUGGUAAUAUACAGGCUCUUUUAGAAAUUUCUUCUUCUUAGCACUGCUUCAUCGUAUUUUUUUUUUAAUUUUUCAAAAACCUUGCAUUAUACAACGUCAUGCUGCUGCUGGCUGCCAUGUUCAUGUAUAACCUCACCAUCUCCUUUUUUGUGUACUGCAACUGAGGGCAUAAAAGAAAAUUGUUUACCGCACACAAUCUGUAUGGAGGUCAUACUGCAAGCUAGAUAAAAAAUCGUUGGUUUGAUUGAUUGCGCUUUUGACACGUGUUCAUUUGACCGCUAC